CAGAUACAGGCAGACUGACUCCCUCUGUGCUAGGAGCACCAUCGUCAAUGUGACAACGCAUGCGUAAUACCAGGUUGAGGGAAGCUACUUCUGCAGCCUGUCUCUUCCACCUUUUCAAGCAUACAUUUUUGCUUCAGCUCAUGAGAAUUUUCAGUCAACAGUAUCUGACAUUGUGGCAAUCAAUGCACAUGUCUGUAUGAAGCAUGGCAGCAGCACAGAUGCUUCGGGCAGCAACCUCAUUAUGACUGUUUGGUCAUAUUUUCAGCAGCAAUCACGAGCAAGACCAGGAAAAUACCACCAUUGCCAACUUGUGAAGCCUGGAACAUUUCCUGAAUUCGCUCAUUGAAAAAGCAUCAGAAUCUCAUCAGUACAAGGUGGAAGAGUCGAUAAGAUGCGCUUAUUUCCGCCUGCCCGACUAGAGUACUGUGUUUUUAUAAUUGUCUUAUGGUGUGCACUGGUCACUAUUGUGUUCAUUCUAUAUGGUGAGGACCAAGUGCAGAGCAAAACACUGCAAGAGACGACCAAAUGUCCGGUCUGCUUCGGUGACACCAGCUGCUUCAUGCUACACUCGAGCAACAUGCACGUGGUCAAGCUGACCGGCCUCUCCAAGGUCUCGCUCUUCAACUACAUCAACGUGAAGAACGUCUUCUACGGCAAGUACAAAGGCAGCGACAUCGUGCUGAAGAAGCUGGCGCACGACGCCGAGUUCCGACAGUUCGACCAGCUGGUCUGCAACGGCUCGCUGCGCUGUCAGCCUCGCGUCCACUUCUACCGGGGCCUGCUGCGCACUGUCUUCCCGGAGCUGGCGGCCGACGGCUCGGCCGCGCUGGCGCUGGCGCCCGACGUCAGCGCCAGGUUCGAGCGCGAGCAGCUCACCUGCCCCUCCCGGCGCUUCCUCAAGUUCCUGUACGACGCGUUUUCGGGGCAGUCGGAGCUCAGGUUCUACCACUUCGCCACGAUGCUGCUUGUGAACGCCGAGCCGCUGAUGCUGCAGGCGUUUCCCCAGUCACACGGCUGGCCGUUUCCACGCUAUCUGGGUGCCUGCGGCCGGCUGGUGCUCGAGCAAUACAUCGGGCCCACGCUGGCGCGCUACCACGGCGCCUCCUGGCGGCAACGUGUGGAGCUGGCCCUGCAGCUGCUGGAGAUAGCGGAGAUGCUGACAUCUAACGACUACGACUUCAACUUGUACUUGACGGACGUGACGGCCGAGAAUCUGGCGGUGGACUCGGAGGGCCGCGUGUUUAUUGUGGACGUGGAGGACGUGGUUGUGGUCGACAGACAACAGCUGAUGAGGGACCAGCCCCCCGGCUGGAACCGAACGCACGUGGCCCCGAUCCUGUGCGCCGACUGCAUGGGGUACGAGGCGGACGAGCUGUGCGGCCAUCUCGUCUCCGACCACAACUACUUCGCCAUGUGCAAGGGUCUGCUCGCCCCAGACGCGUUCGCACGCGGUCUGCCGGGUGGUCUGCUGCACAGCGUGCCGGAGCUGGUAAGCUCCACCCACCCGGAGCUGGCCGACUGGCUCCGCCUCUGCGCCGACCCGACGGCCACCGGCGGCUCGCGGUUCGGCCCGGCCGCCGAGCUGCGGCACGCGCUCAACCGGGCGUUGGCGGAGGAGGGCACCGACUGACCGGGUGUCACGGCUGGUGGGGUGUCUGACCGGGUGUUGGCGGAGGGGGGACACCACCUGAGCGGGUGUCACGUCUGGUGGGGCACAUGACCGGGUGUUGGUGGAGGAGGGCAC